CAGUCUGGGGUCCACGUUCUAUCUUAAUGUCUCUAGCCAGCCAGUUUUAAUCAUAGGACCGAAGUGUUUGGGAAAAUGCCUGCAGCUGUUGCAUCAGGCCCACCGGAGGAAGUGGCCGUAAGGAUUUGAGACAGGCACUGGGGCGCGUAUGGAAGGCUUGGACUGGGGUGUGGAGGCAGCGACACCUGGGCCAGCCCGGGGCCCUUCCUCGGUCCAGCUUCCCUUCCCCGACACCUCCUUUCCCAAGGGAAGGAAAGUCGGGCAUUCCUCAAGAUGGCCUGAUGUGCAGGCGCCACACCUCCCGCCUCUCCCUGCUGCCGUGGCUGCCCUGUCCAAGCGCAGGAGCUGGCUGCAAUGUCGGGAAUGGAAGCCAAUGUGACUAUCCCAAUCUGGCAAAACAAGCCUCACGGAGCUGCCCGAAGUGUGGUGAGGAGAAUUGGGACCAACCUUCCCUUGAAGCCAUGCCCCCGGGCAGCCUUUGAGACCCUGCCCAACAUCUCUGACCUGUGUUUGAGAGAUGUGCCCCCAGUCCCUACCCUGGCUGACAUUGCCUGGAUCGCUGCAGAUGAAGAGGAGACGUACGCCCGGGUCAGGAGUGACACACGCCCCCUGAGGCACACCUGGAAACCCAGCCCUCUGAUGGUCAUGCAGCGCAAUGCCUCAGUGCCCAACCUGCGCGGAUCUGAGGAAAGGCUCCUGGCCCUGAAGAAGCCAGCGCUGCCUGCCCUGAGCCGCACCACUGAGCUGCAGGACGAGCUGAGUCACCUGCGCAGCCAGAUUGCCAAGAUAGUGGCAGCUGAUUCAGCUUCGGCUUCGUUAACGCCAGAUUUCUUAUCUCCAGGAAGUUCAAAUGUUUCUUCUCCUUUGCCUUGUUUUGGAUCCUCAUUCCACUCUACAACUUCCUUUGUCAUUAGUGACAUCACUGAGGAGACUGAGGUAGAGGUCCCUGAGCUCCCAUCAGUCCCUCUGCUUUGUUCUGCCAGCCCUGCAUGUUGUAAAACAGAACACAAGGCUACCUGUAGCUCCUCUGAAGACGAUGACUGCAUCUCUCUGUCCAAGGCCAGCAGCUUUGCAGACAUGAUGGGUAUCCUGAAGGAUUUUCACCGAAUAAAACAGAGCCAAGAUUUGAACCGGAGUUUAGUGAAGGAAGAAGACCCUGCUGUUCUUAUCUCUGAGGUCCUAAGGAGGAAGUUUGCUCUGAAGGAAGAAGAUAUUAGUAGAAAAGGAAACUGA